AUUAUCCUUUGAGUCCUUUAGGUGAAGAUUUUGGAAGUUUUGGUAAAGAAUUAAAAAAAGAACUGAAAGAAAAUAAUGAAGAAGGAAUAGCAACAAUGAUGUUACCUAAUACCGGAAUGACCAUCACAAAAUCUCAAUGGAUUUUCGCUUUACUUAUUAGAAUUGAUCAACUCUUGACAUCAAAUCAAAUGGUAAUCUUAAGAGAAAUGUGUAGAAAAUGUAUUACUAUACGUAAAAAUUUGGUGAUACGAAAAGAUUUGAUGAAAGAAUUAUUUACG